CUUCACUCCCUUUCUGUGCUGAAAUCUGAGAAAGAUUGGGCAGAAUUUGUUUUUGUUGAAAUAAGAGGUCUGGAGUCUGUGUAAAAGUUGAAGCAAGAUGGAAAUCAGUCUGCGUCACAUGUGUCACAACAUCACUUACCUUCAGCUACGCUUUCAUCAUGAAGCUCAAUCUACUUCUUCUGCUCUGUCUCACUGGUCACAUCACAGUCGAUGUAUCCCACGUGCGUACAGUCCAUCAUCAAUAUUACCUGAUAAUGACCGGCGCAACAUGGUCUGAUGCCCAGAGUUACUGCAGGGAGAAGUACACUGACCUGGCAACAGUUGUAACUGAUGAAGAUUGGACAAGACUUGAGAGCGAAGCAGCAAGUAAAGGCCUGGCAUCAUCUGCCUGGAAUGGAUUGUACAACGCUAUCGAUAGCUGGGGCUGGUCCUUAAACAAGCUCCCACUGAAGAAUGUCCUUUAUACAAACUGGUAUCCUGGAGAGCCCAAUCUUCAUGUUGGAAAUGUAUCAUGUGGUCUAUUUAUUUCAGGUGGAUACUGGGCAGAUAUAACUUGUACCGAACUGAGACCUUUCAUAUGCUACAAUGCUAAUUUCAGUGGUGCUUCCAAGUUCAUCGGCAUCUCUAGUCCUUAUCUGACCUGGCUUGAUGCUCAGGCUUACUGCCGAACACAUCACACAGACUUGGCCAGCUCGCUUAACAGCUCAGAUAACAACUUGAUAUUGCAGCUGAGAGAUAUCCAGGGUGAUUCCUGGUUCGGACUCAACGGAGUUGUGUGGACGUGGUCAGAUGGGACCAUUGCUUCAAACCUACCAUGGGGUUCUGGACAACCUGAUAAUGCCGGAGGAAAUGAGAACUGUGCAGAGGGUAUCGGAGGGUACAAUGAUAUACCCUGCAACAACGUGUACUAUUUCUUCUGUCACACCAUUAUACCAGUCAGGGAGCAGCAGCUUGUGAGACUGCAGGUGAAGUCUGAUGGCAGUGUGUUGGAUCCUGCUGUACAGUCAUCUAUUUUAGAGCAGAUAAAGCAGAAACUGAAAGAACAUGGCAUGUUGGAGAACACCACAGUAACCUGGAGGGUGUGGCCAGAUGGAAACAUCUUCAAGAAGCAAAACAAAGAUGAUCUAUAAUGUAAAUGUAGAUGUGUUGUAGAAAUGUUAAUGUUUAAGCUUUAAAUCAG